AUGACGGGUUCGAAGGAGCAAGUAGGGAGCAGUAGGGAGAGAAGCCUGGCGAAGGGAAAGAGAUCGAGACGUCGAAGGAGAAAGAGGGAAAGAUCGUGUGAGCGAGAGGUGAGGCAAGGCGAGCCGGUGAUCGUAGUGGGAUCGACAAAGCUACCUGGAUCCACAACGGCCACUUUCGACGGCAGUAACCACGAAGACGCCAUGACGACACAAUCACCCACAUCGUCCACGACUCGGCUCUCCGCUAUUGGUCUAGUCGCAGCGAUUUAUCUUCUUCUGGCGACACGCUCCAUUGGAGUGCGUGAAUGCAAAUAAUAAAGGCAAAGCGGAGAGCUCUCGAUCAACCGGCAGUUUGAUUAGAGGAGCGGCAACAGCCGCGUUCCCCCAAAGAGAAUCAGCAGCUUAUUACGGAAAGCUUAUUGGCAAGCUGUCGGAACUUCAUCACGGCGUCAGCGGUGAAGUUUACGCGGUGGACGGGCGAACUCUGUUCAUCAAGGACUUCACGUACGACGGCGAAGCACCAACAAUCAGCGAAAGCUGCAAUUAUAAUUAUCUCCUUUCAGCUGCCUACUUUUAUGUCGGUACUUCGAAGAGCCCCAAUGGAAACGGAAUCAGACUUCGGGACGAGCGUGGAUCAUCGAACACGUUGAAGCGGUACCGAAGGAAGGACAUCACGCUCACGUUACCCGAUGGCAAGACGCUGAGCAACGUGAAAUGGUUCGCCGUGUGGUGCGACGAAUUCUCCGUUAAUUUCGGUGACGUCAGAAUACCACGAAACUUCGACUACCCGAAACCACAAAAACUGGCAGCUUUGAACGGCGUACACGGAGUAAGCUCCGAACCAAUCGUCGUCGUCGAUGCCCAAACCCUCUUGAUACCGAGCUUCAGCUACGAUGGCGAGGCGCCUGGUAUUCGGGUACCGGACGAGAACGGAAAGGAGCAGCCGCUGCGUCGAUACGAUCGCAAAGCCAUCGUGCUGACGUUGCCCGGGGAUCUAACGAUCCACCAGAUCGGCCACUUCGGCGUCUGGUGCGAGGCGUUCACCGUGGACUUCGGCCAUGUACAAAUUCCGCAGAAUCUUAACGUGCCACCGUCCCUAAAGAUGCUCGGAGUUUCGCCGCAGUCGAAACUGAACUGCGAAGUUCUGGAGGACAGGCUGGCUUUCGAGGUGCGGUGGGCCGUGGCCGGAGACAGCAUAGUCGCCCAACUCGUUGGAAAACUUGACGACGGGCAAUACAUGGCAUUCGGAUUAUCGGCGAACCCCGAAAGAAGCUUAAUGGUCGGUGGGGAUGUCGUGGUCGCCUGGGUCGACAAACAAACCCUUCAAGGCUACGCUGUCGACUACUUUUUGGACGCGAAGUCUCAGUGCUCCGGAGGACGAGGCAGCUGUCCCGACACCCGCAUACAGGAGAACACGAAUUCUAUCCGAUUGUUGAACGCGGCGCUGGUGGACGGAUAUAGCAUUGUCACGUACCAAAGACCGCUGAAGACGAACGACGAGCUGGACCAUCAAAUUCUGACGAACGGAUCGCAGGCGAUCAUCUGGGCCAUCGGCCCGCUGAACGAGAGGCAAGAGGUCAGCUUUCACUCCGACUAUCUGAAAACCGACCGCCUCAUCGAUUUCGGUAGACCGCCCGUUUGGAAUUGUCCCGUUCCGGACCACGAGCAUUCUCAGAUUUUCGUCGACAAUAACGGCGACGAUAACAAGGGCAGCGACAAUCAGCUAGUUGUUACUACGAGGAGACCUCAGCGUUUAGCGACGCCCGCACCGGCGCCUAGAAACGAUGCCUGGGAAAUUCCACCUAUUCAAUGUUACGAGCCCGAAGACGGGGUGUUGUACGCUCAGAUGGGACCUACUGGAGGGAAACACGGCUAUCCCGCUAUCACCGGCCACGUUGGUUGGGGAAUCUCGUGGUACAUAAAUGGUCUGUUGAUUCCGGAGAUCAACGUCGUUCGCGGGAGAAAAUACAGGUUCGUGGUAGAAGGAGGGGAAAAUCCCGAUACUCCGGCUCGUUAUCAUCCCUUCUAUAUUACCGAUGACCCCGUCGGUGGAUACCAGCACAAGACACCCGAGGAGAAAGCCAAGGUGAAAAUAUUUGCGGGUGCACAACGACAGCGCGGAGUGUAUCGACCAACGGGAGUUGGACGUCUGUGCAAUUGGGUGCCAGAUCAAAAUCAGCCCCUGGCGGAUGAAUUCUCGUCGUUUGGCGCUUAUCAACGCACGCUGACUCUGGAGUGUGAUCACGGUGUGCCAGGUGUCGUGGAAUGGACUCCAGACGAGAACACGCCCGACACCGUGUACUAUCAAUGUUUCACGCAUCGCUAUCUGGGAUGGAAGAUAAACGUUCACGACAAUUGCGAUAACGCUGGCGAAGCUGCCGGCAGCGAGAACUACGAGGUCUACGUGGACCCGAAGAAUCAACGACCGGCAAGCGGAGACCUGCAGAACAGUCCGAGCAUACAUAAUCCACGACCACUGAGCCACGGGAUGAAAUACACUUAUCCACCUACCGCAAGUCCACAGAUCCUAUAUGCCAGGCCGGUGCCUCAACAUUACGCGUCCAAUUACCAUCACCUUUAUCAUCUGCCCCUUCCACACCACUAUCAUCACCAUCAACCGGACCAGAGGACCCAACUGAUGAUCAUCAAGAGACCGGUGUUGACACGUCGACCGAUGUUGCAGACCGUGCACACGAUGCCUCAGCCCACCCUCCCCCUACCCUCGAGAUCGGUCUUCAUGGAACGGAAAAAGGCCGUUUACAGGCCUCUUUCGUCCUCUUCCGUCUACGGGAAAAGAACGGCGGAGAGACACGGCCAAGGAAACGAUAACCACCAGAUAGUCAAGCUCAAGAAACUCGAUUCGAAGCAACGAGCCAAGCUAGAGACCAAAGUGUCGAGCCUGGACAUCCCCAAUAUCUUCGUCACUCCCUUAAAGCCCGCGAGAAAUACAGGAUUUGACCCGGACUCGAUAGUGAUCGAGAGUGGUUUCAAACCGAUCAUAAGAAGCAUAGAGAAACCGACAGACGUGGCUCAGAAGAGAACGUCCGAGAAACUGGAGCAGGAAGAAGACGUUCGUCUUCGAGAAACUUCGAACCAUAAACCAGCCGAUAACUUCGAGCCGGUCUUCAUACCCUCGCCGCCAGUCCCGACAGUUGCGACGAUGAAAAAGUCGAAGAAGAAGUCGAUCAAUGGUAAAACGCGUCCGAGUGACGCGGACGACAUGGAAAUGGCUGCCGAUAGAAUGAACGCUUAUUACUUGCCGCCGCUUUCCAGCCAAUUUCCGAACAAUCCGCCACCUUCGCUUUCGCCCUCGUCCUCGUCCGAGGUGCUCAUCACCUUCGAUGGAAAACCGUUGAAGGACUCCAGUUUGGUCAGAUCCAUUUCUAGUAUCGAGGAACACUCGAAAAGUAAACUGUCUUCCGACAUUCUGAGCAGAACGCCACAAUUUGGCAAAUUCAAGGGGGAGCUACCGCCUCCGAUUCCCGGUGAAGUUCGAUCGGAUCGUUCUCAGCUCGAGAAACGUCGUCUCCCGUCGCCGGCGGAUUUGCCCGAGAUCAGAACGAAAAACACGAAACUGACGCUCGUCGAAAGAUCGAAAAGAUCGCCGCACGAAGGACACGUACACGUUACAGAUUCUCGAACGAAUAACACGAACGGAACGAGUCACCACGAGCAUCACGAUCAUGGGAAGUCUAUGUCUAUGCCUGUCAACGCCGGUCAAACGAUCGUAGCUAAUUUAGUAUACGUACUUUUGGCCGUAGUGGUUUAUCACCUAUUUAUUAACGAAUUAUUGUCCCUUAUUGUACGAGAUAGAACGUCUAACUAUUUGUUGCAGUACCAAAUCAUCUGUACGUCGGUUAUCGAACAAAUUAGACGAUAG